AUGGCAUCUGAAGACGUGCUCCCGACGCUCAUCCUCGUCGCGAUCGUUUACGGCCUGUACCGCUGGCUGACGGGUCCGAAGGACCCAGCCGACGUGUUCCGCGGCGUCCGGCGCGAGAUGGUCGAGUCGGUCCACGCCGCAUUCCCAGACGUCCCCGUCGACGCGGUAGUCUACUCACUCACGCGCACGCGCAACGCCCAGUCGACGAGCGAGAUCAUCCUCGACCGCGGCAGCCUGCCGACUCCCCCGCCCACGUUCAUCGUGCCAGACCACCUCCGCCCGGCCGCCCGUGUCCCCGUCGCGCCCGCCAAGGCCGCGCCGCCGCCCAAGCCCGUGUCCCUGAUUGAGCGGUACGGCCUCGCGUCGCGCGUAUCCAGCGCUGCCGACGCCGAGCCCGCCGGCGGGCGGUGGGAGGCGGACCGCGCCGCGCGCGAGGCAGAGCUCAAGUCGCGGAAAGAGCGCAUGAUCCUCGACGCGCGCAGGCGCAUGCUCGAGAAGCAGAAGAAGGCCGAGGCGGCCCCGGUGGACCCCGCCACGGCCGAGUAGCCCAUUAUCAUGUCCUAUGCAUAGGUCUCUAGUCGAUGCGGAAGUGCAGAGUAACAACAAUAAGAUACGGCCAAGUUAGACGCCGACGAUGGCGUUGAGCUGCGCGAGCCGUGGGCCGAGCUGGACGAUCGUCUCGUCGCUCACGUUGGCGAUGGCGAAGCGGAUCCACUGGUCGGCGCGCAGCGCGUCGCCUCCAGGAAUGGCGGCCCACACUGCGUCGUCCUCGAGCGGGGGCAUGAAGAAUGCGCCGGGGAGGGUGACCACGCCGCAGCGCUCACCGAGCGCACGGCCGACUGCCUCCGAGCCGACCUUGUCGCCCGGCGAGACGCCGAGCGCGGCGGCUGCUUCGGGCGCGCUGUACGCCUCCGGGAACUGCACGUAGGCAAAGUACCCGCCCGACGAG